AUGUGCUAUAGCUGUAGUUCUGGCUAGAGUUUAGUUCCUAAUACUGCCAUGGAGUUUUUCAGGUGUCUGUUUGGCGUCGCUUUGAUUUGCGGCGUUUCUGCUCAGACGUACUGGAUGCAGCCGCCACAGAGACACCAGCUCUCUCCUUCCUUCCAGAAGCCUGAGCAGCAGUCCAAGGUCCCUCCAGCUCUGCCUCCGUUUGAUAAAUGUGUCUUGGAAGAGGCUGAGAAGAUCCAGUGUGGGACUCCAGACAUCACUGUUGCUCAGUGUCAAGACAUUAACUGCUGUUUUGAUGGGCGCCAGUGCUACUAUGGGAAAGCAGUAACCGUCCAGUGUACCAGGGAUGGGCAGUUCGUGGUGGUUGUGGCCAGAGAGGCCACUCUGCCACCCCUCGACGUCAGCUCAAUCAGCAUGCUGGAGUCAAAUGACGUUCUCUGUGGACCGGUUGAUGGCACCUCUUCCUUCGCCAUCUUUCAGUUCCCUGUGACAGCGUGUGGAACUACACUUAAGCAGAAUGAUGAGGGCUAUGUGGUCUAUGAGAACCACAUGGCCUCUUCAUAUGAGGUGGGAAUUGGCCCAAAGGGAUCAAUCACCAGGGACAGCCAUUUUGAAUUACUCUUCCAGUGUCGGUACUCCAGCACAACAGUGGAGGCUCUCGUCGUGGAGGUGAACCCUGUUCCUCCCCCAGUGUCUGUUGCUGCUGCAGGACUCCUGAGGGUGGAGCUCAGACUGGGCAACGGCCAGUGUUUCUCCAAAGGCUGCCUUGAGGAGGUGGCGGCAUACAGCUCCUUCUACAGCGCAUCUGAUUACCCAGUCACCAAAGUGUUGAGAGAACCCGUUUAUGUUGAGGUCCGUCUUCUGGGGAGGUCUGACCCAAAUAUUGUCCUGAACCUGGAACACUGCUGGGCCACUCCAACCCCAAACCCUCAAAGUGUGCCACAGUGGGACCUUCUGGUUGAUGGCUGUCCCUACCAUGAUGACCGAUACCAGACCACAGUGAUUCCUGUGGAUGGCUCUUCUGGCCUGGAGUAUCCUUCUCACUACAAACGUUUCAUCAGCAAGAUGUUCACCUUUGUGGCUUCAGAUACCUAUAAUCAUCAGAAAGAUACAGUGUACAUCCAUUGUGCAACAGCUGUGUGCUACCCAAGCAGCACAGACUCUUGUGAACAACAAUGUCACAGGCAAAGAAGAGCGGCAGUGGAGAAGGUCCCCUCAAGCCAGAAAGUCCUGGUUUCUAGUGGUGAAGUUAUUCUGUCUGAGACGGCCACUGCAGCUCAUCAGAGAUGAUCCACUCACUGUCACAUGAACUCUUUUAAUAAAGAUCGCUAAAGGUCA